AUGGAAAUCUUUGUAAAAAAGCAUGUAAGCUUGAGACUAAAGGUUUAAAAAUUAAUUUAGGAAUCAAUUAAUAAGAUUAAUUGGCUUUCAUCUUUACCAGCUAAAUAUAGAGAUGAAAUUAUAACUUCAUUUUUAGAUAAUAACUUGGAUGUUAAGAAAAAUCACUCCUAUAAGAUAGUAGUUGAUUUGCUAGGUAAAUCAGGUUUAAGCGACCAGUAGCUAUCAGAUAUCAGCUAGCUUGUUGAAACUGAUUUGAAAAUUUAUGGUGAAUAAACAAACAUAUAAUCGGCUGAUAGGAAAUCUCCAAAUAAUCUACAUAAUUUUUUGCACUAAGAUGAAUUAGUUAUCUAAGAUUAAGCAGCUGAUCCCAACAUUACAGCUUCUUAAGACCCUAAAUAUCUGAAUAAAAUAAGCGAGGAAUAAUUUGAAGGGCAAUCCUCCUUUGAGUAAAAAAGAAUUAAUCAUAUUAUUAAAGAGGAAAAUUCUAAAAAUAAAAUUUCCUCAAUAAGAUUCUCCAAAAAAAAUAUAAAAAACAAACAGAAACUUCAUAUUCCUAUGCCUAAAAGAGCUAGUUUUGAGAAUAGAUCUCUUAAUGAUUUUUCUGAUUAGGCGACAUCAAAGCUUUCUUAAAUGGACCUCUAGUCUUUAACUUAAAAUGAAGGAAAUCAAAUGCGUAGACUAGAUUUGUCUGGUAGCAUGAGAAAUUAAACUCCCAUUUUCGAUAGAAAAGUUGAGAAAGAUAUAAAUUAUAACUAUUUACCUAUUCCAAUCUAAACAAGAGACUUAAGGCAUUUAAAGGUACUUAAUGAAGAUUUAAUGAAUGUCACUCAAAGUGGAACUGGUUCAACUAAUAAAAAUAGCUAUCUUGUUAAUAAGUAUUGUAUACCUAAACCAUUAAAGGUCUCCAAAAAAUUAGAAAAAGAAAAAAGCAAUGGAGAAUUACUGUAUUUAGAAUAAUAAAGAGAACAAAGGAAAGAUAAAUUUUAGAAAAUAUAACAAGACAAUUUAGAUAAAAAGGAAAGAGGCUUGAUUGGUGCAAAGCUUAAAAAAGAAAGAUUAGAGAGAUAAUUGAAAAAACUAAGACCAUUAAGUUCAUUAUGUGAGGCUGAAUAGCAUAACGCUUCAACUGGAAAUGUAUAGGUGAUGGUCACAAAGUAAUCGAUUAAGAUUUAAGAUAUGUCUCCUCUUAAUAUCCAUAGCAUUAAUAAUGCCACAAUAAUUAUUCCAGUAUUAGACAUGCUUGAAAAAACAGGGUUUUAGUCUAGGCUAAAGGCUUAGACACCAUCAUUUAAAUUUGAUGUCAAUCAUAGAAAUGGACCAGGAUAAUCGUCUUAAUCUCCACUUUCAAUGAACAGGACUGGAGGUCCUAAUUAUAACUAAAGACCGCCUCUAGCUAAACUUAUAAUGCAAUCUUUAUCUCCUUAGAAAGCUAGAAGAUCCACCUAAAGACACUCAUCUACUAUGUCUAGACGUAUUGAUAAUAACUCAAAGAAUAAUAGCAAAAAUACGAGGUAGAUACAAAAUAAAUAAUAAGACAGCUUUAGUUCUAGUAAAAAUAUUCAUCAAUAGUUAAAGCCAAAACACUCUCGAGAUCAUGUCAUUAAUUUUAGCAACUCUAAAAUAAGAUAAAAAAUAGCUCGACUGAUUGAAAGUAAGAAAGGUUCGAUCUAGUAUGAUAAUGAUGACGACUUUGAAGAAGGUGAUGAAUCAAUCUUAAACUCUCAUAUGCUCUCCUUGCAGGAAAAAGCUUAACAGUCUUAUAUGAAUAGAUCAGCUGAAGAGAUUAUAAUAAAACCAGAGGAUGAACUCUAUAUAAAGUUUUUAAAGUUCAAACAAGCUAGAGAAGUCAAAAGAGAGGGGUAUGUUACUUUUAAGAAAGAAUAACCAUCAAGUUCUAAUCACUAAUCAGGUUAAACUACCAUAUUUGGUUCUUAAACAUGA